AUGGUUGAUGCCGCCAUCAAGACCCUGAAGGAACGUGGAGGUUCAUCAUUGCCCGCCAUCAAGAAAUACUUGGCCAGCACCUACAAAGUAGAUGCCCAAAAAUUGGCCCCCUUCAUCAAGAAGUACUUGAAAGGUGCCGUUGCCAGUGGAAAAUUGAUCCAAACUAAAGGUAAGGGUGCUUCUGGUUCAUUCAAAUUGUCUGCUUCGGCCUCCAAGAAACCCAAAGCCAAGACUGCCGAAAAGAAGAAGAAGGCCCCAGCCGCUGGUGACAAAAAGAAGAAGGCUGCCGCCCCUAAAAAUGCCGCUGGUGAGAAGAAGGCAGCUGCCAAAAAACCCUCUGCCGCCAAGAAGACCGCUGAAAAGAAGAAGGCCGACAAAACAAAUGCAAAGGCUGCCAAGAAAACCGGUACAGUUAAAGUUAAACCAGCAAAGACCGCCGCCAAAGCAUCUGCCACUAAACCAAAGGCACCCAAGGCAAAAACUGCAGCUGCUAAGCCCAAAAAGGCCGCAGCAGCAAAGAAGCCAGCUACUAAGAAAGCCGCCGCCAAGAAGUAA